UGGACUACUAGCUCCGGCCCAGUGAAUCCACUUAUCCAGACGCUUCUUGAGGAAUCCAGCGCACUAGCUUGUGCGACUCUGACGGCUUGCUGAAACCCCGCUAAUCGCAACUGGCGAACCGACAGCUGGAUGACCCUAAUUUGGUGCCAGGCGCGGUGAAUCCCAGCAUAUCGCCUGAUACGCUUGGGCAACUUUCCCCCGGUCCAUUGUUUUCGCCUCGCCAUCCUUGGCCCGUUAUUUACAGCCCGUCUUUUUUCCCUUUCAUAACCUCGUCUGCCCUUCCCCCUCUUCCUUUUCUUUCUUCCUCUUCUUCCUUUCCUCCCUUACAGUCCUUCAUUUCGUGCUACUCUGUCGCGCUCGUUUCGCUACUUACUUCUACACUUCAGUCAAUCUCAAACGUCUUUCGUUUCCUCGAUCCAUGCGUCAAGAUGAAGUUCAACAGCGCUAUCGCUCUCUCCUCCCUCCUGGCUCUGGCCGUCGCCCAGGACUCUUCCUCCACUACCAGUGCCGCGACGACCACUGCUAGCUUGUCUCCUCAGGCUUCCUGCGCUGCCAAGUGCGCUGAAACCGAGAUCUGCUGCAUCGCCAACUGCUACAGCGUUCCCUGCCCCGACAACGCCCAAGCCAACGACACCACCAGCUGCGUUGCCGCCUGCCCCCAGGGUUCCGGCUCCCCCAGCGACCAGAAAUCCUACGCCAGUUGCCAGAGCAGCUGCUACAGCAGCUACUUCUUCCCGGCCAGUGCCACGGGAGCGUCGGGCUCUUCCGCUACCACUGCCGGCUCCAACGACGCCAGCACCACCAAGAGCGGAAGCUCCUCUUCGUCGACCGGCUCUGGCUCCGACUCCAAGUCUGGCUCCUCCGGAACUAGCACCGCGACUGGUGCUCAUGCCAGCAGCACCGAGAACGCCGCUGCUAUCACGCAGCUCAAGCUGGGCGUUUCCGCAGCCGGUGUUCUUGGCUUCGUCUUGGCUGCUUGGGCUCUGUAAAUGAGCUGAGACGCUAUGCCUUGAUCGAUGAUUACAGUAUGAAGGGGGAAAGUGAGGAGGAAAGCUAUCUGUCUACUUGCACACUUAAUCCAGCGCUUUGUGUUAAUAUGAUUGAUUGAUUGAUUAAUUACGGGAAAGUAGCUAAUAUGGGAACUUGUCACUACUAACACUACCUGUUUAAAUUACUUUUACUCUCGUGGGUCAAUAAUUAACUUGAAUGAUUACUAUUUGCUUUGCUUUUGCUUGAUAAUUUUCUUGAAUCUGUAUACCUACUGGCCCAUCCGAAAUUGAUUGAUCACUUGUCCCUUUUAUCAUUCAUACCAGAUUUAUUUUACUACUACGUAGUGCUCAUGUAUUCUAUUCUACUGGUACUCCUGCAAUUUACCUAUCUUAAUUCAAAAACCACUCACAUGACCGCUUCUUCUUCCGAGAAACCCAAUCAUUUUGAC